AUGAAGCGAACACAGUUCCUUCUGGCCAACUUGAACAAGGUGCAUUGGGACCGGAAACCUUGGGAAGUUGGAUAUCGAGGGCCUCCGAGCGGAAAAAGAAAAGUGUGAGUUUCUCCUUCCUUUAUUUGUGAUUCUGUAUUUAGAACAAGAAAACCCCACGCUAUUGUACAUGACAGUCAUGUAGCUAUUGUGAAAGAGCGGUUGGCCAGGGAAUGGGAGGUCAUGAAGAUGUUGAACUCUCCGUACUUGAACAAGGUUGGUAGGAUGCUGUUGUCGGCGAAUUUUCACAUGGCUUACUUUUAUUUCCGUCGAAUGAUGAGCGGUUUUCGAGCUUCACCAUCUGAUAUUGUUGUUGCAGGAGGAAAUGAAGCCUUAUCACGAAAUCCACGGGACAUUUCUGCAAGAACAAGAGACCAUAAAGAAGAAUGAAGCUAAAGCGAAGAUGCCAGGUGAUCCGAAGUUGCUUUUGGCGAAUGGAGAAGCCAGACGGACUCAUGCAAAUUAUGGCAACCUUCUUCACAAAGACAGGUCCAUAGAGGACUCGCUUUGUCAUUUGAUUCGAAGGUCAAGGUGGGAUUAA